GACAAAACUUGACAUACCUAUUUACUUACACGAUAUUACACUAAUUAAUAAUUAAGGUAUUGCUAUUUGCUAUUCGUUGCAUAUUUUUUAAUUAYAUUUACCGUAAACUCCUUCGUUCGAUCGACGAAGAGACAAUCUGUUUUGGAUACCCGACACGGUUUUCUAAUUUACAGGGAAUUUGUUGUGCCCGUGGUGAUCUACGAGUGCGAGCUCGACAUUAUGUCCUCCGCCUUCGGAUGCGGUUCGCUUCCGCCGUAGCAAAAAAAGAUUGUCCAACGAGUUGUGUCAGUUCACCGUCGUAGAAGAGUAAACACAUUGAGUUAACGUGCACCGCACGAUUAGCCAGGCUCGAACACACUACGUGAGCCAUGGAGAACAACGUUAGGGAUGAACUACAGCCGACUGUCGACAACGACAACAAUCGUGGUCCGUUGACUUUGGACUUGCUUCUAAAACAAAUUGACGAAUUGCAAUUGGAGAAAAAAGAGUUUGGUUUGCAACGCGCCAAAAUGAAGGGGUUUAUACUGCAAAAAGAAGAGGAGCUCAAGCGUAUGUCAACUAUCUCAGCCGAAUUGAAGAGAUUACAAGACGAGUUAGAUGAAUCGCAAAGCCAGCUUACUGUAACUAAACUUGAAAUGGAAGGACGGUUUGAAGAACAGACCCGCAAAUAUAAUGAAGAGAUUUCGUCAUUGCAUAAAGUGGUUGCUGAAACAUUAGAAGAAUCGAGGAAACGUGAAAAUGAAACUAAGGGAAAUAAUAUACUGGGUGAAUCAACACAGCAACAAAUACGUAAUGUGCCUGGUACAGUUCUUUCUGCUAUUGCUAGAAAAAUGACAAAUCUUGCUUCUAGCACUGAAUCUGAUGACUACAAAAAGUCUCAAGAUGAUGAAGAUAAUGUGUAUAAAGCUUUAGUGGAUCCAUUAAAAGAAGAAGUUGAAGCACUUAAAGCAAAAAUUCGUGAAAUGGACACAGAUAUCAGUUACUAUAAAACUAAAUUAAAUGAAUCAAAAGAUAAUGUUGUUGAGAAGCUAGCUGCUUGCAAUUCACAAGAAGAAUCGACUAAUUCUUCAGUAACUGGAGAUUUUGUUUCUCURAAUACAUCUAUUGAGAAUAAUAUGGAAAAAUGUGAACAAUGUUCGUUAUACAAAAUUCGCAUAGAAGAAAUGCAAGAAAGAAUAAAUGAGGCUGAAAAACGUCUUUUGUCCAUGGACAAGCUUAAAGAUGAACAUGAUAAGGAGACUAUGUAUCGUAAGGAGAUGGAAGAAAAGUGGAAUGAAAAAUUAGAUGAACAUAAAAAUAAAGUACAAGAAUUGAAAAAUUUCUCAGAUCAAUCACAUGAAGUGCUCAGUGAUCUUAAACUGCAAUAUGAACAGACAGUGAUCGAUUUUCAAAAAGAAAUAAAACUCUGUACAGAAAAUGGUGCUAAAAUGAAGCAACGUAUAUUGAAAUUGGAAGAAGAAAAUCAUAAUUUAAAAGAAAAACACAUGAAGUUUUCUGUACAGUUACAAAAUGAAGAAAUUAAUUUACCCAGUUCAGUUGAGGAACUUCAAGAAUAUUUAUUAAAACGUAAUGAAGAACUUAUUUCCAUGUCAAUAGUUAAAGAAUCCAUAGAAGAAGAAUUUAACAGAAUAAAAAAUAGUGUUGCCAUUUCUGAAAGCCAAAUACAAGGAUUGAAUUCAACAGUAGCUUUUCUUGAGUUUGACCAUUGUAGACAUUGUGGCCGAAUUUUUUGCCCAUCCUGUUUAUCAAGAACAGUAAAAAGCGGACCUAAUAUGAGGGACUCGCAUGUUUGUCGAGUUUGUCACACUUUACUUGUACGGGAUUCAGCACCGUACUUUAGCACUGAACCUCCUCAUCAGACUAACUAA